UAUAGUUAUAUAGCGCUACAGUGGUACGAGUCACUAGCACACUGCCUUGCGCUGCGGCUUCAUGCGGGCCUCUACUUGUUCCAUUCUGAUCAGUUCGUUGUUUGUUGGCGGCCAGAAUGGCCGCUUGUUAUAUUGACUCUACUUUCUUUCGUCUUCGUCAUCAAACAUCAUCAAUUCGUCUGCUUCGGGUGAAGUGAUUUUUAGAUUCAAAAAAGUGGCCCCCUAAAGUCCCAUCGUGACCAUUAGACAAUUCAAAGUUAAAAACUAAAAUCGCAAAGACGCAUUGAGACUAUUAAAAAAAAAAAAAACGUUUUGAAAAUGCGUUGUACAGUGCCCUGUUCGAUGGUUGUCGUCCUGUCUUUCCUCUUAAUUAUCGGCGCAUAUUGUAAAGCAGAUUCCAGCAGUUGUCCAGAAGGCUGCAUCUGCGCUGAUGUUUCGGCCAGCAAUGGAAAGCUGGAAUGCCGGCGCUGUCGUCCUGGAUAUCACCAGUCAAAAACAGAUAAAGGACGGCCAAAAUGCAGUCAGCAGGAGGUCCAAUUCCAGCAAGAUGGACCACUCAUGUCGAUACCGUCUGUUCGAGAAGGUGAUGUGGUAACAAUAUCUGAACGUUACUUUGUCGUCCUCGAUGCGGCUGUUGACAAGGAGACGGUCGAGUACAUUCUAGCCCGCCCAACUCAAAUGGGCUCCAUUCUGCUGUCCGGCAAAGUCCUCCAAAUAGGCGACACCAUCACCCGAAAUGACGUGAUCCAAGGUAGAUUGAGCUUCAGAGCAGACAAGGAAGUGGGCUGGUUACCUGCUCAGGAUCGCCUCUUCUGGAACGUUUCGGCUGCAAAACGGGACGACAUGGACGAGAAAAAUGGCAGAGGACGGAAUGUUUUGGUGAACGGUAGAGUGUUGGAUUCGAGUGGGAAAGUUCUCAGACGGACUGAGGAUACAAUAAAACGGGCCAGAGAUGAGAACGGAGCUGGUGGAUUAGCUCCACUUCCGAGGGUUCCUCUUCGACCCGAAUCGCUUAUGAUCGCUAUUGAACCGAGAGACAAUCAAUCGCCGGAUGUCGUGGUUCACGGUGAAGUGAAUGUCGAUGAAGGAGCCACUGAAAUUCUUUCUCCAGACAUCAUCUCCGUCAACGACAGUGACACGCGUCCGGUUGACCUGGUCGUGGUAAUCAACGAUGGACCGAAACACGGUUACCUGGAGGUCAGGGAUAGAUCAGGACAAAGGAAGGUGGUGACUGAAUUUCCACUGUCAGCUUUGUUGGAGGAACAACUGAGCUACGUCCAGAACGACUACAAAGGUAGUGAACCUCGCCAAGACUCGUUUCGAUUUCACGUUCGAGACACGUCAGGCAACCGAUCGCCCCCAGCUCAACUAGAUAUUAUCAUAGAGAAUGUGAACGACGAACCUCCACAAAUCACGACGCGUCCAUUGUUGCUGUCGAUGGGCCAAGAUCGUGUUGUCCUAACUGGAGAUCAUUUCGACAUUCAAGAUCAAGAUAGUGACCCGUCUGAUUUACAGGUCACGUUAGUUGCUCAACCGACAAACGGUCGAUUGCAACGUUUCGAUCCGUUGGCCAACAGUGACCGAACGUUGCAAGAUGGCGAAACGUUUGACUAUCAAGAACUGUUGGAUGGAAACAUUGCUUUUAUCUCAUCUGCCGAAGAAUCACAGAUCGUCUUUCAGGUGAGUGAUGGCGAUUCACCCAGCCAAGAAGUGACACUGCGUUACAUCAACAAACAACAAGAUGAAGAACUGUUCGGUCGAAGUGGAACAGCCACUCCUUGCAUGAUGGAAUUCAACACGACCGAGUGGAAAGCCUUUGAAAGUUCUGGUAUCGCCCCUAUAUCUGUGGUGCGCACCGGGGACUUGUCCAUCACGUGCUCUGUCAUCUGUUCAACUGAAGCCCAGUCAGCUGAUGAUUCAAAGGAUUUUGAAUCUCGACCUAUGGCUGAAUCUUCUCGAGUUUUCUUCCUUCGUGGGGUCACCAUCAUUUACUGUCCAGUUCAAUUGAAAGACGAUCAUUUCUACGAAGGAGAUGAAACGUUCUUAGCUCGAUUGAGUCACCCCCAGGUGGAACAAUUAGACACUAAUGACCAGCAAUCGCUUGCUGAUCAACCAAACAAGAUGGCUUCUUCAUCCGCCGAGAUUGGUUCACGCAGUCAAUUGGCCGUUCGCAUCCAAGAUGAUGAAGAUGUCACACGAGUUCAAUUCAAUCAGUCCGUCUAUCGUCCCAGCACGUCGCCAGGCGGUGAGUCAGUUACGUUGCACGUCGAAAGGACAGGCGAUUUGCGAUUUGCAUCCAAAGCCUUUAUCAGCAACGUGGACGGUAGCGCCAAGGAAGGCCGUGAUUACGUCCUCAAAAGCCGUCAGAGCCUGGACUUUGCCCCAGGCGAACAAUGGAGUUCAUUAACGAUCACCAUUUUGCAGACAAGCAACAAAAAUACGUGGCCUAGAAGUUUCCAAAUCGUUCUCAAUUCUGAGGACAGCAUUAACGCUCAACUGGGCGCCAGCAAAACGUCAGCUACCAUCUUAAUACCCCCGGCAGUGACUUCCGGUCCGGCUCUUUUACCAGCCGAGCCCAUCGUUGUUUCUCUUAUGGAUUACGAUCGUCUCGGUGCGGAUCUUGACAAAAGGCCAACAUCUGUUCCGGCUGGGUAUCCGGUGGUGUGCGUCACACCUUGCGACCCCAAAUAUCCGCUGUACAACAUUAGUACCCAAAGGCUGUGUCGUAGUAUGGCUAUUGAUGUCUCCAAGAUUCGCUUUUCAUGGGAGAUUUCGCCACCACUAAGCACCAGCAAAGAGUCAUUAGGUGAAACGACAACAGGUCCGUUUUACCGACUGAGUGAACCGACGGCCUUCAGUGGCGUGGAAGAUCGGGUGCUGGACGCCGUGUUCUUUCGUCACGACUUCAGGGUUCGUUGCGUAGCGCAACCUGUCCGUUUAGAUCCGGGAAUGAUGGUCGGACCGGCAUCUAAAAGUCGUCCAGUCACCGUUUCAGGCCAGUCCGGUCUUUGCCCACCUUUCUCCCCUAGCAGUAUCUCGUUUGACGAUGCCACAACGGACGUGAUGGUAGCCGGACAACAACCCUUCUCCGCCUCGCUGUCUUACAUCAAUGCAAGCGAUGCCCAGCACCCGGACACGAUGCGCAUUCAAGUCGUUGUGCCUCAUUCCGACGGAUUGAUACCCAUUCUUUCCACACAGCCCCUUCACGGCAUCCGGCACAUCAUGAACGAGCCUGCCUAUCGUUCCCAUCACCGAUGUUCCAAUCUCCAUCCGUCGAUGGGCUUCCUGGACGGAGGUGAAAACGAGAACUCGACGUCAACGAAAUUGCCUUUUGAAUUCUCGAAAAACAUCCGGCAAGAAUCGGCUGUCCGCCUCUAUCGCCAUCUGGAUUCGACCGGAUGUCUGUGGCAUUUCGAAGCUUGGUACAGCAUGACCGAACUGAUCCAGCUGUGCGGCGGUCAAGUCACAUCCAAUUUUCAGACGAUGAAUCGAGGACAGGUGCAAGUCACUGUCAGGGUGCCUUUGUACGUGACGCUCAUCGGCGCAUCGACGGGCAGCCAUCAGAGCUGGACCAGUGUCGAACACCAAACAGAAAUGGAAUUUUCAUUCUCCUACGCCUCAGUUCUUCUGGGCCAGCGUGGAGUGACGGAAUCCAAGCUGGCCUUGGCCGUCCAGCCACACGUGACGCGAGUCCGGACUGAUCCGAACAACGGCCGUUUAGUGGUCGAAUUUCAAACAGAGACUCGAUUCACCGGACGCUAUCUUGAGGCUGGAAGUCGAUUAUUAAGCCCGACACAUCAUCAUUUCGUGGCUGGACAAUUGCUGGGCUUCGACCUGGAACUGAUGUGGAAUCAAAUCUACCCAACCGGAGCAACGUUCCAGAAAUGGAGGGCUGUGUCAAAUUACACGCUGCAAGACUACACGGGCAACUACACGCUGGUCCUGGCUCCUUGCCCAGCGUCCCCCGAUCAACCGCAACAGACUCAGCCCAACAAAUUCGGCCGUCUGGUCAACAAGAAAGAAGACUGUCAAACAGCUGAUGCCUUUAACGUCACUCUACCCAUUCAUUACCAGCAGCCAUUCCGACCGGAACCUGUCCACUACUCUCUAGAGACCACGUUCCAGUUGACUAAUGACGUCCGAGCGUUCCUCAGAAAACCGCGCAGCAUCAACGAUAUCAAAGAUGCCGAGUUUGAAGGUUCGUUCCACAAUGGAGAACGGGUCUACGGUCGAGUCCUUUGGCAUCCGAGUAACGAGCUGUCGCCCGGUUACCGACUUUGGAUUGAGAAACUGUACUUGUGCGCCGGCCGUGACGGCUACGUUCCACUUUUCGAGCCCAACGCUGAACGGCCUCAGUUCGGUUGCCUGGAGAACUCACAGCGACUGAAAUAUCGUCUACUUUUACUGGAUCGUGAGGACCCCUACGGAAGUGACAAGGCCGUUCAGGGUCUGUCACUCGAUGCCAAAUUUGCCAGUCAAGUGGAUCAACUCCGCACGGGAAUGGCCCAUUUGCCUAACAUGGACGGCUUCGUUUUCAGCGUCGAUCCGCUGUUCCAGUUAGAGCCUGGCAUUCGUUGGUUUCUCCAGGUUUCGUAUUCGGUGCAACCGGUGACUGGAAGCGGCUCGAUGUUUCGAUGGAAGCGACAGGAAGCCGGAAGCCAACAAACUCGUCGGGGUACCAACAUGCGUUUUCUCCCGCUGGAUUGGCCUGGGUCCGGCGAUUCACGCAACUCCAGCGGCAGCCACGACGGCGAUCAAACGCCGGCCGUUUUAGCUUCGACGCUGCUGUUGAGUGCCGGCCUCUUGGUUAUUCUAGUCAUGGCCGUUUUGAUCGUAUUCUCCGUGUAUUACCGACCGACACAACACAAAAACAAGGACAGUAGCGAUCAAAAGAGCUCCGGUGUAGGAGCGAGUUCGGCGCAGGACGAUGAGGAAGACAAUGAAGCGACUCCGAUGAAAGCUCUCAAUAACAACGGACGGAUGGCCAGCACUUCUGCAUCCGUCAAAAUAACCCUGGUUUAA